UGUUUUUUUGGUUUUUAGAAACGGAAAAGAUCCCCGUAAUGCGUGGACAGUGGUUCAUUGAUGGCACUUGGCAACCUCUGGAAGAGGAGGAGAGUAACUUGAUAGAGCAGGAGCAUCUCAACCGCUUCAAAGGCCAGCAGCUGCAGGAGAGCUUUGAUAUGGAAAUAUCCAAACCUGUUGAUGGGAAGGAGGCCAUUCACAGUCUGAAGCUGAGCCGUAACCACGUGGACUGGCACAGCGUGGAUGAGGUGUAUCUGUACAGUGAUGCCACCACGUCCAAAAUUGCAAGGACUGUCACGCAAAAGUUGGGUUUUUCCAAAGCUUCCAGCAGUGGCACAAGGCUACACAGAGGUUAUGUGGAAGAAGCCACGUUAGAAGACAAACCACCCCAGACCAGUCACAUCGUGUUUGUGGUGCAUGGGAUUGGGCAGAAAAUGGACCAAGGGAGAAUCAUCAAAAACACGGCCAUGAUGAGAGAUACUGCAAGGAAAGUGGAAGAAAAAUAUUUUUCCAAUCUCGCGACGCACGUGGAAUUCCUUCCAGUGGAGUGGAGAUCAAAGCUGACCCUCGAUGGAGACACUGUGGAUUCCAUAACUCCAGAUAAAGUGCGGGGUUUGCGGGAUAUGCUCAACAGCAGCGCCAUGGACAUCAUGUACUACACCAGCCCUCUGUACAGGGAUGAACUGGUGAAGGGUCUACAGCAGGAGCUGAACCGGCUCUACUCRCUCUUCUGCUCGAGGAACCCUGAGUUUGAGGAGAAGGGAGGGAAGGUGUCCAUCGUGUCCCAUUCUCUGGGCUGUGUCAUCACCUACGACAUCAUGACAGGCUGGAAUCCUGUCAGGCUUUAUGAGCAGCUGCUGCAGAAGGAGGAGGAGGAGGAGGAGCUGGAGGAGCAGCGCUGGAUGAGCUACGAGGAGCAGCGUUUGCUGGAGGAGCUCUACAUCACCAAACAACGGUUGAGAGAGAUAGAAGAGAGGUUACAUGAGUUAAAGGCAUCCACCAUAUCAAAACCACCUGUCUUAAAAUUUAAGGUUGAGAAUUUCUUCUGUAUGGGAUCUCCUCUGGCCGUGUUCCUGGCGCUGCGCGGGAUCCGRCCCGGCACCAGCGGCAGCCAGGACCACAUCCUGCCCAGGACCAUUUGUAACCGCCUCUUGAACAUUUUCCACCCCACAGAUCCAGUG